UUGUUUUCUCGAAUCGUAUUGAUCCGUUCUUAGUCUGCCAACCUUCGCCAAAUCAGUACCCUUGUUCCGCUGUUCGUAUAUGUAAACCAAUAUCCUCCAUCUACGUGUACUCUCUACUUCGCUUCUCUUCUUUGUAAAAAUCACAAAAAUUUUGUACUGUCUCUCUUGAACUGCAGAAAUUCUCUGCAGCGGAAAAGAAAUAGGGAGGAAACAGAACAUCAAGAAAUAAGGGCUUGCUUCGGCAGAUAGAGCAACUGUACUUCAAUUUAAAUGGCUCAGGACAAUACUACUGGUAUUGUUUCACCUCGGAGACGUUCUGGACUCUUGCGAGACCAGGUCCAGCUAGUUAAAAGAAAGGACUCUGAUCGCUAUGAGAUUGUUCCAAUUGAAGAUCAACUGUCAUUUGAGAAAGGUUUCUUCAUAGUGAUUCGUGCAUGCCAGUUGCUGGCUCAAAAGAAUGAUGGUUUAAUAUUAGUUGGUGUAGCGGGUCCAUCUGGAGCUGGAAAGACUGUGUUCACUGAUAAGGUGCUCAACUUUAUGCCCAGCGUUGCGGUCAUAGCAAUGGACAACUACAAUGAUUCUAGUCGUAUUGUUGAUGGCAACUUUGAUGACCCACGGCUGACUGAUUAUGACACGCUGCUUGAAAAUAUACAUGGCUUAAAAUCAGGAGAAACUGUUCAGGUUCCGAUAUAUGAUUUCAAGACCAGCUCUCGGACAGGUUACAGAACCAUCGAAGUUCCCAGCUCUCGCAUUGUGAUUAUUGAAGGGAUCUAUGCCCUAAGCGAAAGAUUGCGGCCUUUGCUAGACCUUCGUGUAUCUGUGACUGGUGGAGUUCAUUUUGACCUUGUCAAAAGAGUUCUACGAGACAUUCAACGAGCUGGACAGGAGCCUGAAGAAAUUAUCCAUCAAAUCUCUGAAACGGUGUACCCGAUGUACAAGGCUUUCAUUGAGCCCGAUCUCAAGACAGCACAUAUCAAAAUCAUCAACAAGUUUAAUCCCUUCAGUGGAUUUCAGAACCCAACUUAUAUUUUAAAGUCAUCAAGACCAGUGACGGCAGACCAAAUUAAGGCCGUUAUAUCCAAAGAACAUGGAGAAAGGACAGAGGAAACGUACGACAUAUUUCUUCUUCCACCUGGUGAAGACCCUGAAGCUUGUCAAUCAUAUCUGAGGAUGAGGAACAGGGAUGGCAAAUACAGUCUAAUGUUUGAGGAGUGGGUUACAGAUAGUCCAUUUAUAAUAUCACCAAGGAUAACUUUUGAAGUUAGUGUGCGCCUUCUUGGAGGACUGAUGGCUUUAGGGUAUGCAAUUGCAAGUAUCCUGAAAAGAAGGAGUCAUAUCUUCACUGAUGACCGGGUGUGUGUGAAAACUGAUUGGUUAGAACAACUAAAUCGCCAAUAUGUUCAGGUGCAAGGGAAAGAGCGUUUGGAUGUUAAACAUGUAGCUGAGCAGCUGGGUCUUGAUGGUUCAUAUGUUCCUCGCACUUACAUAGAACAAAUACAGCUCGAGAAGCUUGUCAAUGAUGUUAUGGCAUUGCCAGAUGAUUUGAAGACAAAGCUUAGUAUUGAUGAUGAUAUGGUUUCAAGCCCCAAAGAAGCCCUUUCUCGUGCCUCCGCAGAUAGGAGAAAUAAGUAUCUGAGCCGUAGCAUAUCACUUUUAAAUCGACGAGAGAAGGAUCUUUCAAAGCUCGCAAGACUUGCAGUUAAUAAUCGAAGGUUUGACGGAAGAGCACCUGAAUCUCCUGCCCCACUUGCAAACCAGGGAGCCAUUACUCAACUCUCUGAACAACUUACCACAUUGAGCGAGAGGAUGGAUGAGUUCACAUCACGCAUCGAAGAGAUAACUUCCAAGGUUUCUGCCAGGGAAGUUUCAGCUAGCCAGCAAAACUUAGCUUUGCCGUCUGAAGCCUGUAAUGGAUCAGGACCGACUACUCUUUUCAUGGCUGGCUUGAACAAUGGUUCUAUAAUGCCCCACUCUACUUCCUCUUCGCAACUGGCAAGGGAAGCUCCUGUGAUGGAAGAGAUUCUCAUGAUUAGUCGGGGACAACGGCAAAUCAUGCAUCAACUAGAUACCUUCAGUAAUCUGUUGCAUGAAUAUGUGGGAGAAAGGACUCGCCAAGACAGAACAAAUGAGACAGAAAGAGCCGUUUCCAUCAGCAUCCCACUGCCAAUUGUUGUUCUCACUGUUGCAAUUGGUGGUUUAGGAAUUCUAUUGUUUCGGGGUUUCAUGUCCCCAAAAUGAUCAUCAAUCACCCUGAUCGGCACCUUGGCUUCCAUACAUAUAGUUCAUAGUAAAAUCCUUCAUCAUAGUUAUUCAUAAAAAGAAAUCCUUGUUCUUAAUUGUUGUUAAAAAGCGGAGGUAAGAGUAUCAUAAAUCAGAAUUAAUGAGUUUUGAGAAUUGGAGGUCA